AGAAAGACAUGAUGCGGCUCAUAAAUCUUGCGGUUUUGCUACUUGGUGUGUCUUUUAGUAAAACUAAUGGUCAACGAUGUGGCAUGGACAUCUUUGUCCUCCUAGAUUUCAGCUCCAGCAUGUCAUACGCAACAAAAUCACAUAUUGUAGGAGGUAUUCAGCCAAUGAUCAACAAAAUAGAAGAAAUAUCAGGAAUUGGUGACGGUCCUUAUGAAUCUAUGGUUGGAAUACUGCAGUAUGGAAGAGUAGGUCACGGAUAUGACAUAAGUAUUCCUGUCCCCCUGGAUAUGACUCAGAACUAUGCGACUGUUUCCAGUCAAGCAGCAUCCAUAAGUGCUUUUGAUUACAAAGGAGAUCAUACGAGGACAGAUCAAGCUAUUUUUAGAGCCCUUAUUGAACUGCUAUCAAAAGGUCGCCCGGGUAUAAGAAAACUGAUUGUUUUAUGCACAGAUGGUGCCACCUAUCCACAAAAGCAUCGACCAUAUACACUUUACUAUGCCGAGCUUGCAAAAUCUCGCUACAACAUCCCGAUAUUUGUGUGUGAGGUACCUAACGAUUAUGGGGAAUUUGCUACAGCCUCUAAUGAGGAUAUGAAAGGAGAGAUUUCAGCAAUUGUACAUCCCUACCCAGACCGCCACUAUUCAGGUGGAGAAACAUUGGAAACCAUUGUAACGGAACUGUUCACAUAUGAUGGAGGAAAUUAUCCAAAUCUCGGGUUUUCAAGGUCUUGUCCCCCAAAUAUAUGUCCAUAUGGGUACACAUUCCUUUCUUAUGAUUGUACAACAUGUGGUUUGACGACUGGCUGUGUGAAAGUGUAUGAUACAGUUGAUAUGCAGAGGAAUUGGGAAGGUGCUGAAGCCUUUUGUAAUGAUGAAGGUGCAAAAUUGUUUCGCUGGACUAACCUUAACUGCUACAAUGCUCUCAAUCUACAUUUACGAUCAUUUGGGUAUACCAACUCUAUGCUGUUCUGGUCAUGUGGAACAACCCCUUAUCCUCCAUACCAAUUUACAUGUGGUGGAGGUAAUAAUCCUUGUAUCGAAACUACGACUGAACCAGAUCUCGAAGGAAAUGGUAAAAAAGACAAUUGCGUUAUUCUCCACCACAAAAGUAACCAGGAUACAGUACCCUUACCACAACCAUGCAAUGCACAAAAAUUUAUAAUAUGUCAAAGAGGUUUUAUAUAGACCAGAUAGAAGAUUUUACAUUUAAUGAUGAAGAUGUGCGGAUGCUGACAGUGUAGUGUUUAUGAUUAAAAAAUAUAUUAAUAUUUAUGUUAAAAAAUCAAUACC